AUGGGACGCAGGAAGAUCGAGAUCAAGGCGAUCAAGGAUGAUCGCAACCGCUCAGUAACUUUCCUCAAGCGCAAAGGCGGUUUGUUCAAGAAGGCACAUGAGCUAUCCGUCCUCUGCUCCGUCGACGUCGCCGUUAUCAUCUUUGGAAAUAACAAGAAAUUAUACGAGUACUCGAGUUCCGACAUUGGAGAGAUCCUAUCCAGAUAUCACUACUAUGGAGGAGCCAACGAACACAAGGGACCCGCGGACUUUACGGGCAAGGGGAAAGAGAUGGAUGAUGAUGACGAUGAGGAUGGGUCUGGGAUGUCCCAACACGGCGGCUCGGUCGAACCACAGAUGAUGCCUCCUCAGUUCCCGAACCAACCUGCUUUCCAACAUAUCAGACAUCAAGCGCCGUCGGCUUCACCCCCGAUCCCAAACGGUGCAUUUCACCCUCACGCACAACAAAGACAACAUACCCCGCAACAUGAUUCUCGUCCUUCCUCUAGAAAUGCCCCUCGGAGGCAAAGCUCAAACCUAGUCCCGCAACAACAUCCUCAUCCUCAGCCUACCAAUGGCUACGCGUUUAUGCCUAAUCCACCAAUGUAUAAUCCCCACCAACCCGGCUUGCCACCUCAUGGGCAUGGAUUGCACAUGCAGGGACCACCUAUGCAAGGACCUCAGGGUGUUCCUCAGCCAGGACCGCAAUAUCCAAACUAUGGACCACCACAGCAGCACCCACAGCAACACCCGCAACAACAUCCGCAACAGCAUCCCCAACAACGCCCGCAUCCACAGCAGGUGCAGCAGCUAUAUGCGGAGGAGCAACAACGAAGAGCUUCUAUGCCCCCGGCUUUCCCACAGCAAGAAAGACCGCAGUCCCGUCCCGAAGCCUCUCCACAGCCGCAACAACAACAAAUUCCUCAACAGCAGAUUCCGCAGCAGCAGAUCCCCCAGCAGCAAAUACCGCAGCAGAUCCCUCAACAGCAAAUACCGCAGCAGGUCCCUCAACAGCAACAACCAGAACAACCUGAAGAAGAGCAGCAGCAGCAACAACCGCAGCAAAUGCCGGAGCCAGUGAAGCGAAUGUCGGUAAAAUCCAGGAGUAUAUUCACACCUAUUGAUGAAAGCCGGUCUAUCCUUUCUCAACAUUGGGCUUCAUCUACGUCGAACACUGAAGCUCGAAGUGACGCAGCUGCUCCAAAUAACCGCUCGCAAUCAGUAGAUGCUGGGACGGCCUCUCGUAAUACAGAGCAGACGCGUUCCCCUCCCGCUCGAGCCCAGACCCAUGACAAGAACCGCAAUAUAUCCACAUCCUCGGUACCCGAAGGAUUUCAUCCGCCUUCGCGCACAAAUAGCGCCUCGCAAGGCGGCGGGAAGCGUCCAGUCCUGAAAGUACAAAUCCCAGACGAACCCUCGGAUGGUGGAAGUGCAACGGCAGAUUCCAAUUCCUCACCCCGCUCAUCCGCAGACCCAGCCAACGCCCGCCGAAAUGGUAACUCGCAAGAACAUUCCUCUGGCUCGGGUGUCGUGCUCCCCCCUCCCUCCCCAUCCGCAUCUGCUCUCCUCUCAGCCGGGGCCUCUGGGCCACCUAAUCCAUUCGCGCGUCCGCAUCCAGUUUCACAGCCCCCUCAGAACGCCAACGCUAGCGGCGGAACUCUAAUCGAUACACCGGUAUCUGCACUGCCUAGUCGCUUCAUGAAUAAUGAGUUCUUGCCUUCUCCAUCGUCUUUCUACCCAGAAUGGAAUUUUAGCAGGGAGAACAACACACUUCCUUCACCGUUGAAUUUCGCGACGCCCGUUGUGGGAACGGGGCCGAGCUUUCUAAGGGAGGAUUCGGGGGAGAGAGACAAGAAUGGAUCGAAGAGGAAGACGCCCGAGAGGGAAGGGGGUGGUAGUGGAGAGGAGGGAGGAGAUGCGAAGAGGGUGAAGCAUGAGACGUGA